GCGGCGGGCCGGGCGCGGCGGGCAUGGAGCGCGGGGCGGAGGCCGGGCCGCCGUUCGCGGCGCUGCUGGAGGCGGCGGGCGGCCGCGGGCAGGUGCUGCUGGUGGGCGAGCUGUGGGAGCGCGAGCCGAGCCGCGCGCUGCUGCGGGACUUCGCGCGCGCGGUGCUGCCGGCCGAGGCGGCGGCGGCGCCCGCGGGGCCGGGGGCGGCGGGGGCGCCGGGGGGCCGCGCCAUCCGCUCGCCGCUCGUGUUCGUGCUGUGCCGCGCCGCGUCGCUGGCCGCCCCCGAGCCGCGGCGCCGCGUGCGCGAGAUGCUGCGGGACGUGCGCGGGCGGCGGCGGGCGGGCGCCGCGCUGGUGGCCGUGCUGGUGGCCGAGGCCGGGCCCGACGACGCGGCGCUGCGGCGGCUCGAGGCGCUGCUGCGCGCCGUGUUCGGGCGCCAGGCGGGGGGCCCGGUGCAGGCGGCCGCCUACCGCCCAGACCAGCCCGCCGCCAGCCUGGCCGUCCAGGCGGCCGCCUGCCGCGCGCUGCGGGCCGCGGGCCCCGCGCCACCAGCAGAAGGAGCCUGGGAGAGACGGGGCCUCCCGGCCCUGCUGGCGUGCUUUGCCUGGGGUCCCUGGAGCCGGCGGAAGGACGCAGAGGCCACUUCUCCCGGUGGCCCAGCGCAGGGUCACUGCAGGGACCCCGAGGAGGAGCUGGCCCUGACUGCCAUCAUCCCCAAUGGAGACUGCGACGACCCCACCAAAGGCUCCCGAGCCUGCGAAGGAGCCACGGCCACGGCCACGGAGUCCACGGGAGAGCUGAGAUGAAGCUGACCCCACCUGCCAGUGCUGGCCUGCAGCCGGGGGCUGAUGGUGCCUCCCGGGCCCCUUUGGGGGGGGGGGUCGCACCCUGACAGCAACCAGCCAGGCAGGGCCCAGGAAAGCGUCAGCCCUGACCACCGUGCUCGAUCCCUCGCCCCAAGAACCAACAGGAUGUUGCUCCGUGCCUCGUGUCUCCGGCUGUGUGGUGCCGUGGUAUCUCGGACAUGCCUGCAUAAGGAAACAUAAGAAAACCCCUCACCGGAAAUCAUCAGAUUUGGAGGUGCAGCCUUUGAUAUGUCACUUGGUCUCUAAGCCCUAAACACACAAGGGGGCGACCACAUCCCAGAACUGUGUGUGUGUGUUUGUGUGUGUGUGUGUGUGUGUGUGAAGUACUGUAACCUAGUGCAUGUGUGUUGGAGAGGUGCUAUAACUGUGUGUGUUGUAGAAGGCGCUAGAAUCGUGCGUGUUGGAGAAGAUGCCGUAGCUCCUGGCAUUGAGGCUGCACCUCACAGUGCACAGAACAGCCUCCAACAAGCCCAGAAUUGUUCUACCCAAAGUGCCAACCGUGACCCCUCUGGCGGGCCCUGCCCUUCUCCCUGCCCGUCUUGGAAGACGCUCCCAGAACUGAGGAUCAGCUUCUUGGAACCCGGCUCCCAGCAAGCCCCAAUAAAGCCUGCUGUGCCCGGGGCCGCUUGUGCCCGAGCCAGCCCUGGGCAUUUCUCCAGGCCCAGGACACAGAGAGCGGCGAGCUGGGAAGAAAGUGCCCUCCACCUCCUCGUGCUGAAGGUGCCAGCGUCUGCCCGCAGCCCCAACACAAGGCAGGUCCGGAGAAAGAAGCUGAGUCCGGGACUUGCAGCGGCUCCGGACCCUGGCACAGGGUCAAAGCAAAUUCAGCCCAGAGGCGCCACAUUUUAUGGGCGACCGUGAGUCAGACGGGGCUGGUGACGGUCCCCGACAAGCCAGGAAGGCCAUCCUGCACCUUCUUGCUCGCCUUCUCCUGCACUAGAGAGGUCCCGGGGCUGGACCGCAGCAGAGCAGCCCCUAGCUAGGGAAAGUCGCUAAAUUAGCUCAUUCAUUCCCCAGCAGUGCAGAUGGGCAGGGGGUGGGGGGCCGGGGGGGCUGUGGAUCUGGCGUUCAUGAUUUCUCUGGUGGUGCCAGUUUGCCCACCCUGCUCAGAGCCUCGCUACUUCUCUCCAGGCCUCCUGGGGACAGCGUGUGGCAGUUUGCCUCGGGUGUGUUAACAGCAGGUGUCCCUGGAGUAAUGCAAGCUCGGCCCACACCUCCGGGGACCCCCCCCCACCUCCCACCCGCUGGCCUCUGCCAGCAAGAACUCGCUGGGUCGCUGUGGCAUCUGCUUGCGGGCGGGGACACCAGUGUUGGGUGUUCAGAAGCUGCCGUGUUUUCUAUUGCUCUGUCCGUUUCUUUGGGCACGAUUUGGUUGGGAGUGUCACUUUCUGGUGGGAGAAAGGGAGGGAGGGAGCUUUUUCCCGUUACAAGGCGGGAAUGUGGGCUCUCCUGCCAGCCUGUGGGGCCUGGGAGACGGUACACGGAAAGGCUGGCGCGGUGUUCACUGGGAUCGAACCCAGGGCCUCGCCCUGGCAAAGUCUGCUCAACUUCUGACUUACAGCCCUGACUAAUAAAAGCUAGUUUUCUGGGAAAUAAUGGGGCGUACUGUCCUCUCUGAUUUGCUGGAAUCUGGGGGAGAGUUUAAGUCCCAUAAUGGGGACGGGGUGCGUCAGCUCAUCCCCCUGAGCAACGGCCUUUGCCAACAGCAGACUCGGGCCUCAAGGACUUGAGCACGGGGCACGUGUUGGGGCCUGCAGUGGGGGCUCUGGAGGUGGCGACCGAUCCCUGAGCGCAGGCAUUGGGGAGAGACUGCCAGCUGGGCCCAGGUGGGCACCUGGGCACCAACCAGGCGCAGGGCGUGCCGCCCGCCCGAUUUGACAUAAGAUGCUGCUGUCGCAAACACUGACAGAGACAGUGUGAGCUGCUCCCUCUCACCUGGGUCCUGCAGGGACCCCCAGGAGUGAGUGGGGGUCCAGACAGAGGCCCCCAGGGCUGAGCAAGGGUCUAGACAGGGGCCACCAGAGGCAAGCGGGGGUCCAGAUGGAGGCUUCCAGGGGCGAGCAGGAGUCUAAACAGGGACCCCCGGGGUGAGUGGGGGUCCGGACAGAGGACCCCAGGAGUGAGCAGGAGUCCGAACAGAGAUGCCCAGGGGCGAGCGGGGGCCCGUACAGAGGCCCCCCUGGGGCGAGCAGGGGUCCAGACAGGGGCCCUCAGGGAUGAGCAGGGUUCUGGACAGAGCCCCCGGGGAUGACCGGGGGUCUGUGUGGAGAGCCACCAUGGGACCAUGCCUUGUAGCGCUCUUUGUAAUCAACACCUGUGUGCUUCGAAAACAACUCCUAAUAAGGAAACAGGAUGUCUUGCGACGCCCAUAAGCUGUGACUAACCUAUCAGAUGCGGACACGUGGGCAUAAGCAGGCAGUGAGAGGUAUAUAAGGGGGGAGGUCACCUAGCUAGUGGGUUCUCCCUCAUGCGUCCCUUUUUCCGCCUUACUCCACGUCCCCUUUCCUGAUUUCUUCUCUAACGCAUGAGAAAGUUCCUAAAUAAAUCGCAGCCAAAAGGAUCUCCGAGUUGCGUGUUUCUUCGCUGGACGAAGCGGCGCGCGACAGCUGGUGGCCCGUACGGGGAACCCGACCUCCAGUACCCCCCCGGUGGAUUCAGAACUUGCUGCGAUUUAUUCAGGACUAAGGUUCACGAGAAAUCGUGACGAUCAGGUUCCUGUGGUAAGUCAGGACUAAGGUUCACGAGAAGUCGCGACGAUGAGGUUCCUGUGGUAAGUCAGGACUAAGGUUCACGAGAAGUCAUGACGAUCAAGUUCCUGUGGUGAGUCAGGACAAUAAUAUCCAUGGAUGUGUAUGUUUCGUUUGUUGGUUGGAUGUUUCUUUGUCUUUCCCUUUGUCUUUUCAUUUUUGCUUUCUAUGCUUACUUUAAGGAUCAGAAGUGCGAUAAGGCCGUACAAUCAGGACAAGUAGUGUUAGAAGACACAAAGAAGGACAGAGGCAGCCGUCAUGGCAUUGUAGCCUCUGAGCUAGAGGAGGGUUCGGACGUGGAAAGCGAGGCUUCUAGGGGAACCCUGCUGAUGGAGGGACGCGCCCCAAAAAAGAAAGGAAGGCCCCAAGAACCAUCCAUGACCCGUCCGUCUCUUUAUCCCUCGCUACGUCAAUUUCAGCAGGGACGGGCUAACGGGGAUUCUGACCCCCCUAUUGAAGAGGAAGCUGCGACAUAUGAUAGUGACCGAUACUUACCACUAAAGGGCUCUGAGGAUGACCCGCCCCCUUAUCUUAACAAAGCGGAAGGCGGACUUUCUUUUGCAAAACCCGGGCUCUGGGCAGAAGUUAGGCGAGAGCUACAGUUAACUUACCCAGUUUUUGAAGAUAAUAAUCAACAGCGAUAUCAUGAGCCCCUAGACUUUAAAAUAAUUAAGUCCUUGGCAGAAUCAGUAAAGACUUAUGGAGCCAACGCCGCAUUUACUAUAACUCAAAUAGAAGGUUUAUUCAGAUAUUGUAUGACCCCAAAUGAUUGGCAACAGGUGGCUAGAGCGGUGUUGACGCCUGGACAAUACUUGGACUGGCGCACCUUCUUAAUGGAAUUUGCAAAUGAGCAAGCAGCAACCAAUCUAGCCCAAGGAGGGGCACGAGCAGUCUGGGAUAGGGACAUGUUAUUAGGACUUGGCAGAUUCGCCAAUCAGCAGACCGGGUACCCCCCAGAAGUUUAUACGCAGGUGAACCAAAUAGGAUUGAAAGCGUGGAAAGCUCUACCCAACAGAGGGGAAGUCCGAGGCAACCUUACUAAAAUAGUUCAAGGGCCCCUGGAACCGUUUUCCGAAUUUGUUGCCCGUGUAGUCGAGGCUGCCGGAAAAAUCUUUGGAGAUUCGGACACUGCGAUGCCUCU